ACAUUUGUUUGCGCCCUUGCCUUUCCGUUUCAAUAAACCUAUAUUAUAUAUUUAUUUUUCAAACAUAGACACUCUACCAAUCGUAACCCAGAUUAUCUUCUGUUACUAGGAAGAUUAUGUUAAUAUAUGCAAUGCAGCCAUCUCUGCAGCUACCAUUCUGAGUGUGCCCACAGGAGAGGACGCGCUUCCUCGGCAGGUGUGCCAUCAGGUGAAGGAGGCGACGGCAGGUCUGCAUAAAGAGUCUGGCUGGGGGUUGUCAUGGAGACCAAGCAAGAAGCAUCUUCCGUGUGGAGCCAGACCGCAAACAGCGAGCCAGGCAAUGGCACUCAGGUGCACUUUGAGGGAGGCGCGGUGGCCCAGAUCUUGUACAGCGGAGAGCAGCAGGAUCGGGGGCAGCAGCAGGUGGUGUACACGGCCGACGGAAGCUCCUACACCUCCGUGGAGUCGGCCGAGCACACGCUGGUCUACAUCCACCCUGCCGAUGGGUCGCAGGCUGUGUUUGCUGACCAGCCCCAGGUGGCGUACAUACAGCAGGAUGGCACCACGCAACAGGUUACCGUGUUGUUGCCGAGUGGCCAGAACAUGAACACCGCCAACCUGCACGUGCUGAGCAACGUGGCGGACGAGCCGCAGGCCUUCCUGGAGCCCGUCUCCCAGGGGGCGCUGUCCUUGUCCAGUUCCGCUCUGCCCGCCUUGGCUGGCAUCAGCGAUUCGGCUCCCAGCCCUUUGGCGGCGACAGACUCCACCGUGGAUUCGGAGGACUCUGAGGAUGACGAUGACGGGGACGAGACUGAACUCGACGACUGGGAACCUCAAGCCCCGCAACCGUUCAACCCUCAGAACCUCUGGUGUGAGGAGUGUAACAGCGCCAACCCGGCCGUGUGCCUGAAGCACGGGCCCCUGCACCCCAUCCUGAACAGGCCGGUGCUGUCCAAGGCCCGGGCCAGCCUACCCCUGGUGCUCUACGUCGACCGCUACCUGGGCGGGGUCUUCUCCAAGCGCCGCAUCCCCAAACGCACGCAGUUUGGCCCUGUCGAGGGGCCCCUGGUGCGGCAGGGCGAGCUGCAGGACGGCUACAUCCACCUGAAGGUGUGCAUGCAGGAUUCGGUCAAAGAGGGGGAAAAGGCGGAGGACCUGUGGGUGGAGCUUUCUGACGAGGAGCGUUGUAAUUGGAUGAUGUUCGUCCGCCCCGCCCAAAACCACCUGGAGCAGAACCUGGUGGCCUAUCAGUACGGAGCGGACAUCUUCUACACCACCAUCAAGAACAUUCAGCCCAAGCAGGAGCUCAAGGUGUGGUACGCUGCGUCAUAUGCAGAGUUCCUCAGUCAGAAGAUUCACAAUGUUACUGAUGAGGAGAGGAAAGUUCUGCGGGAGCAGGAGAAGAACUGGCCCUGCUACGAGUGCAACCGGCGCUUCAUGAGCUCUGAGCAGCUGCAGCAGCACCUCAACAUGCACGACGACAAGCUGGACUCCAUCAGCAGAGCUAGAGGGCGCAGUCGAGGCCGGGGCAGGAAGCGCUUCGGGACAGGGCGGCGCCCGGGUCGUCCGCCCAAAUUUGUGAGGCUAGACGUGUCCACAGAGAGCAGCGAGGACAAGAUACAGGACCUGCUGGCGUUCCCGGGGAAGAGGCCGUUUGGGGAGGGGUCUGAGAGGGCCCUUAACGGGCUGAAGGGGGCUGACGUGGAGGUCCAGGGGGCGGAGGUGCCCGAUACGGACGGCCCGCUCGAGCUUCAGGGGGCUCAGGACCUGCCCGUCAGCAGAGACCCCGCCCUCGACCCGGAAGCCCCACCCCCCGGCGCCGCGGACAACGCCAACGAGCCAAUGAAGGAGGACCCGAACCCGGCGAACCAGUCCGACCCCCACCUGACCCCACAGGACAUGCGCCGUGCCAAGAGGAUACGGAAUGCAGCGCUGCAGCACCUGUUCAUCAGGAAGUCGUUCCGGCCCUUUAAGUGCUCGCAGUGCGGCAAGGCGUUCCGCGAGAAGGACAAGCUGGACCAGCACCUGCGUUACCACGGCCGCGGGCGCGGGGGGGGCGGCUGCCCGCUCUCCUGCCAGGUGUGCAGUAAGGGCUUCCUCUCCAGCGCCGCCCUGGAGGAGCACCUGCAGCUGCACGCGGACCAGCGCACCUACGGCUGCCUGUUCUGCCCCGAGUCCUUCGACCGCCUCGACCUGCUCAAGGAGCACGUGGGAGUGCACCUGGUGGACGGCUGCUUCAGCUGCCCGUCCUGCAACAAGAGCUUCAGCGACUUCAUCCAGGUGAAGAAGCAUGUGCGCAGCUUCCACUCGGAGAAGAUUUUCCAGUGCAGGGAGUGUGACAAGGCCUUCUGCAGACCCGACAAACUGCGGCUGCACAUGCUCCGCCACUCCGACCGCAAGGACUUCCUCUGCUCCACCUGCGGCAAGCAGUUUAAGAGGAAGGACAAGCUCCGCGAGCACAUGCAGCGCAUGCACAACCCCGAGCGCGAGGCCAAGAAGGCCGACCGCAUCCACCGCUCCAAGACCCUGAAGCAGAAGGUGCCCACCACCGACUUCGAGAGCUUCAUGUUCAAGUGCCGGCUCUGCAUGAUGGGGUUCCGCCGCCGCGGCAUGCUGGUGAACCACCUAUCCAAGCGGCACCCAGAGAUGCGCAUCGAUGAGGUUCCUGAGCUCACUCUGCCCAUCAUCAAACCCAACAGAGACUACUUCUGCCAGUACUGCGACAAGGUGUAUAAGAGCGCCAGUAAGCGGAAGGCCCACAUCCUGAAGAACCACCCAGGGGCGGAGCUCCCGCCCAGCAUCCGUAAGCUCCGCCCAGCGGGCCCCGGGGAGCCCGACCCCAUGCUGAGCACCCACACCCAGCUGACCGGCACCAUCGCCACGGCGCCCGUCUGCUGCCCCCACUGCGCCAAGCAGUACAGCAGCAAGACUAAGAUGGUGCAGCACAUACGGAAGAAGCACCCAGAGUAUGCUCAGAUGGUGAGCUCCAUCCAGGCCCCUCUGGGCGGAGCCGUCAUCAGCAGCGCCCCGACCGCCAUUACCACCGACGGGGCCUCCACCGAGACCGUGGUGACCACAGACCUGCUGACCCAGGCCAUGACGGAGCUAUCCCAGACCCUGAGCACAGACUACCGCACCCCCCAGGGGGAGUACCAGCGCAUUCAGUACAUCCCUGUCUCACAGGCAGGAGGCGCCCUGGGCCAGCCACAGCACAUACAGCUGCAGGUCGUACAGGUGGCCCCGGCCUCCUCGCCCCAAUCCCAGCAUUCCACGGUAGACGUGAGCCAGCUGCACGAGCCCCACGGGUAUAGCCAGCACGCCAUCCAGGUGCAGCACGUCCAGGUGACCGAGCCCAGCCCCAACACCCAGGGCUCCGCCCAGGUGACAGGCCAGCCCCUAAGCCCCUCCUCCCAGCAAGCCGGUCAGGACCUUAGCCCCGCCCAGCUGACCCCUGUGACCCUGGCACAGAGCCACGCCUUGCAAACACCCUCCUCCCAACAGCAGGGGGCAGUGCAGCACACCUACCUACCCGGGAGCUGGAACUACAGGAGCUACCCGUCGGAGAUCCAGAUGAUGACUCUGCCGCAAGCCCAGUACGUCAUCGCUGAGGCCGGCGCCCCGGUGCCGGGGAAGGCGACGCACUAUGUAAUCUCGGAUGGUCAGGCAGAGCUGGACCCCAAACAGGCCACCAUAGCCCAGAACACCACUCAGGUGCACCGAGACCAGCUGGAGCAGCCCUCCACCAAUCAGCAGGCCACUACGCAGUACAUCAUCACCACCUCCACCAAUGGCAACGGAGCCAGUGAAGUCCACAUCAGCAAACCCUGACCUUAGCCCCCUGGUUCCUGCCCUUUGGGACUGGUGUUUCGGCAGGUCCCCCUGUGACCCCUGUGCACAAACAGGCCUGGUCCUCUUCUACGUGCUCUCUCUCCCUUUCACUCUAUCUCUCUUUCUCUGUCUCUCUCUCACUCACUCAAUCAAUCUCUCUCUCACACACACACUUUCCCUCUCUCCUGGGUAUUAUUCUCUCUGUACUCUCUGUGUUUAUCUAUAGCUCUCCCUCUCUCUGUGUCUCUCUCUUACUCUCGCUCCCCCUCCUCUCUCUCUAUCGGACCUGAACAACUGUGCCAGUGGCUGAGCUACAAGCUGCCAAGAAUGCUAAAAAACACACAAAGGAAGAAACCGCCCAUUUUUGGAUAACUGUUAUAUUGCUCAGAAACACUGGAUGGAUUUCCUUCAGGUGCUGAGAUCCCUUCACUCAAAUAGUUUCUACAAGAAGCACCCUCCUCUCCCCCUCCCCUGCACCCUCGCUUUCAAACUCAAAUUCAAAUGCAAAUGUGCUAUAUCACCAUGACAACCCACAGGCAUAGCAUUGCCAAAGAAUCACUGACAUCGAAUGUGAAUCAACAAAUCGCUCAGUGAAAUAUCACUCCGGUCCCCUUUCCUCUCUGACAGACCCCACCCUCUAUGGCUCUCAUUGUGAGGAAGUCGAGGAGCUGAACCCGUUUGGUCUUUAUUCUGACACUAUGGCCGUCUAAUCUGAGAAGGAUCAGGUUGAACCCAUGCAGUGCUCUUUAUUGGCGUAAUGAAUGAGGCCUGUUGUUUUUCUCGAAAAGAGAGCGAAAGUUGGCGAGGAGCGAAUGUUUGGCCCCCUCAACACAAAAGGCCUGUGCUUUUGGACAGCGAUUGCACAAGGUGCUCUUUGUAACGAGAGAAACCUUGGUGAAUAAAGGGAAAAUGUCCAGAUUUUCGCACUGUUCACAUACCUCUCCCAGGUGAAAGGGGCAUCUGAGAAAUCCCAGUCUCAGAUUGUAGAUUUUGGUGGUUUUUGGCAAGUUUCGUGUUCCUUUAUUGAUAUAAAUAUAUAUUUAUUUUUAUUCUGAUCUUGGUUUUUUUUUUUCGCUCCAGGUGUCCUGAUCUGAAAAGCCACCUGGAACGCCCCCUUAGUUCAGACUGACCAAAGCUGGUUAAUUAUGUGAUUAUGAAGAAAGACUCCAUUUUCACUUCAGUAUCCACUCCUGCUUCUGAAGAAGAGGAGGUCCUACCACAGUAUGCCAAGCAUUACCUCAUCCAAAGUUAAGUGUGGGGUGAUAUCUGGAGGAGUUCAGUGUGGGGUAAUAUCUGGAGGAGUUUAGUGUGGGGUAAUAUUGGGAGGAGUUUAGUGUGGGGUAAUAGUGGGAGGAGUUUAGUGUGGGGUAAUAUCUGGAGGUGUUUAGUGUGGGGUAAUAGUUAGAGGAGUUUAGUGUGGGGUAAUAUCUUUUAAUCUUUUCCCGCCCUGCUGCUCACCUGGGCCUCCUCAGAUCCCGGUGAAAUGUGACUACACUCCUGAUAGUUUUAUCAUCACCAUGAAUGUUCUGUGAAACAUGGAAGUUUUGGCAGUUGGUUUGGACUGAGGAAGAGACUGGAUCCCUGGGAAAAGCCGAACUCAGUCAGUGCUUCUGUCCGGAGGAUUUGGGGGAAAAAGAGGAGAUAAUCAGCAGGGACUAACCACCCCUUCCUGCACUGUGUCCGGAUCAAUCACCGGAGAAUGAAUGACUGAGAACAUGAACAUGUAAAACUGUGAGGACCCAUAGGAGCUUGUGGCCCUGGACGAUGAGGAGGCCAUUUUGUAAGCAAGCAAAUGAAUCCCUAAAGGGAACACUUCAGUAUUUAUUCUGCGCAAGGCGUGUGCCGGUGGAACUUGUACAGUGUAAAAUAUGUGUAAAGUGACAGACGGAUUAGUUUCCUUUCAUGUACAGUGAUUCCCAUUGUCAAAUCGUCCUGUUGUCUUAAGUGU